AUGCGUAUAAACAACACUUUCUCUGCUGGUUUGCCUAUUGUUCAUUCGAAUGCAGAGUUUUCAGCUUUAGUGAACUCAAACACUUUAGCAAACAUAAACUUAACCUUAGUUGACGCAAACUUUGUUCCUGUAAAACUUUUAUGUCCUAUGUAUUUGUCAAUGACGGCAGAAAGUUUCGAAUUGGAAGAUGCAACUGGUGAAAGUAUUGUACUACAAGAACAACUUCAACAACAAAUAGCUCAAGAACAACAAAUGCAACAAAUAGCUCAAGAACAACAAAUAGCUCAAGAAUAA